CAACUGAUGAUGCAGUUCUGGCAACAGACAAAACUUCAUUGGCUGUGAUCCAUGAACCCCAGCAAUAAGGAACCCAGGUAAUAAAAUAACUGCAUUUAAAAAGCAAUUAAGACUCUCACCACACACAAGACCCUGCAUCAGUGGAUCUGAGAAAGGAUUUUGAGCUGAACAGCAUGCUGAUAAAUGGCCUUCACUGAUUACUACAGGGUGUUUCAGCCAGCAGCUGCUUUAUUCAGCUCUCCAAAUGAGCAAUCAAUAUGUUAGCUAUUCUUAAUGCAUCUAACAGUGGUUUCCAGAGUUAAGGGAAUAUAUCAUGUUCCUCAAAACAUCACACAGACUUCAUUAGGUAACUUCACUAUAUGAUGGAAAGAUGAUGCUCUUUAAAUAUUGUAAGCUGAUUCCGUGGUUUGGUAUUAGUUUCUCUGAGUUUAUAUAAACCCUCUGGAUUUAUUGUCAAUUCUUCACUUUUGCAGGACGGCAAAUGAGAGUAAAAGAGCUAAAAAUAAAGCUUUUUUAAAAAAGGGAAAUUGAAGUUGAAGAUAACUUAAGACAGAGACUUAUGUCAUGUCUACCCUACAAAAUUAUGUCGACCUAAAUAACAUUGACAUACAGCCACCACAGUUAUUAUACUGCUUGUGCAAGUGCACACUACACUUCUUAUGUCACCGGUGCGCAUCAUCAGCAGGAGCGCUUGUAUCGAUGCAGAAUGCAGUGCACCAUGGGUAACUAUCCCACUGUGCAACUCACCACCAUCCAGCACAGGGUGUUGUGGGAAGUUUACACAAUGCCUUCUGGGGCUCAAAUUAAUCAUACAGGGGUGACUGGGAGCAUGGGUUCCACUUCCCACAAUGCAGUGUUCUCCAUCCCAUAAUUUCAUCUGCAUCCCAUAAUAUUUGAUGGCUCUUUUCAAAAUCCCCGCAAACCUGCAUGUCCUUCCUUGCUGUUCACCCUCUCUGACAUAAGCAUAGAGCCUGCACAGCUCUGCACUAUUGUCAUGAGCAUUUCAAGCACAGGGCAUCUGUUCCUGCAGUAUUGCAGAGCUGCAGCAAGAGGGGGGACAUAACAAUUUCUUGGAGGCUAGACUUCUGUGGGCCAUAGAAAGAAACAAUUCCAGGUUGUUGGCAGCAUUCACAGAGCAGCUGCAGACAGUGGUGUGCCAGUUUUGGGCCCAAGAGACAAGCACCGACUGGUGGGAUCACAAUGUAAUUCAGGUUUGGGAUGACAAGCAGUGGCUGCAGAACUUUCGAAUGCACAAGGCCAUAUUCCUGAACUGUAUGCCAAACUUGCCUCAACCCUCCAGCAUAGGGUCACCAAAAUGAGAGCCACACUGGCAGCUGAAAAGCAAGUGGCGAUUGCACUGUGGAAACUUGGAAUGCCAGAUUGUUACUUGUCAGCCGAGAACCAAUUUGGAGUCGGGAAAUCCAUCGCAGGGAUGGUUGUCAUGGAAGUGUGCAGGGCCAUUAAUCGACUGCUGCUAUGCAGGACUGUGACUCUAAGCAAUGUGCAGGGCAUAGUGGAUGUUUUUUUAGCAAUUGGGGUCCCAAACUAGGUAGGGUGCUAGAUGGUACACAUAUCCCUAUGUUAGCACCAGACUACCUUGCCAGAGUACAUCGACAGAAAGGGCUACUUUUCCAUGGUAAUACAAGUGCUGGUGGAUCACCAUGAAUGCAUUACCGACAUCAAUGUGGACUGGUCAGGGGAGGUGCAUGACGUGCACAUAUUUAAGAACCCAGGAGUGUUCAGAAAGCUGCAAGCAGGGACUUUCUUUUCCCCCAGCAUACCCUGGGCUCCCAUGGCUCAUGAAGCUGUACACUGGCCACCUCGAUAGCACCAAGAAACAAUUCAACUACCAGCUCAGCAGGUGCAGCAUGACAGUCGAAUGUGCCUUUGGUCAUUUGAAAGGUCGCUGGCAUUGUUUACUCACAAGAUUUGACAUCAGUCAGAAAAAUAUCCCAAUGGUUAUAUCUGCCUGCUGUGUUCUGCAUAAUAUCUGUGAAGCAAAGGGGGGAAAGUUUUGUUGGGAUGGAGGGCGGAGGUGGAGCAGCUGUCUGCUGAAUUUCAGCAGCCAAACACAAGGCUUAUUAGAAGAGCUCAAUGUGGAGCUACAUAGCUCAGGGAGGCUUUGAAAGAAGAUUUUAAUAGUGAGCCAGAGUAGUGUGUGUUGCUGUAGUGUACUCUACCAAGCCUUGCUCUUUUGCAGCCCAGUAUGAAUCUUGCAAUGAGUGCUACAUGUAGGAAUAUAACAUUGACAAUGCACUUGUUAAUACUGUCUGAGAUUGAUGUUAUGGGUUCUGUGACAAAAUAAACUAACAGGAAAUUGGUGGAUGUCAGCCCUGCUCAGCACCAGUCAGCAUAUGUUGUGAACUAAUAAAGCUGAAUUAUGUUCCAAAAAAUAGAAUUGUAUUCUGUAACAUGAGCCAGGAAAAUAAAACAACCAUUUCCAUUUCAGGUACACAUACACCAACCAUGUCUUUCACAGAUGUUCCAUGCGUAUGGAGGGAGAGACCCUCAAGGCCACAAUGGCAGCAGCGGCAGAUACAACACAGAAAGCCUAAACUGUACAGGUCCGUAAUUGAAGAUGUCAUCAAUGAUGUCCGAGAAGUUUUUCUGGAUGAAGGAGUAGAUGAACAAGUCCUUUUGGAACUCAAAACACUGUGGGAGAACAAGCUGAUGCAGUCCAAGGCUGUAGAUGGGUUUCAUUCAGAAGAACAGCAACUUUUGUUGCAGGUUCAGCAGCAGCAACAGCAGCAGCAGCAGCAUCACCACCACCAUCAUCAUCAUCAUCCACAACCACAGCAGACCGUGCAGCAGCAAUCCCAGACACAACAAGUCCUUAUUCCUGCAUCCCAGCAAGCACCUCAGCAGCAGGUUAUUGUGCCAGAUUCAAAGUUGAUACAGCACAUGAGUGCAUCAGGCAUGAGUGCGGCUGCCACUGCAGCUACCUUGGCUUUGCCUGCUGGUGUUACUCCUGUUCAGCAGAUACUUACAAAUUCAGGCCAGAUCCUGCAGGUAGUUAGAACUGCAAAUGGAGCUCAGUAUAUCAUUCAGCAACAGCAGCCAGUGGUUCUACAGCAGCAGGUUAUACCACAGAUGCAGCCUGGUGGUGUACAAGCUCCUGUUAUACAGCAGGUUUUGGCUCCUAUCCCUGGAGGGAUUUCCCAGCAGACAGGAGUGAUUAUUCAGCCACAGCAAAUCCUAUUUACAGGGAACAAAACACAGGUCAUACCCACAACAGUGGCAGCUCCUACACCGGCACAAGCACAGAUUACUGCUGCCGGUCAGCAGCAACCACAGCAACAGGCGCAACCACAAGCACCGCUUGUACUCCAAGUUGAUGGAGCUGGAGACACAUCUUCUGAAGAAGAAGAAGAUGAGGAAGAAGAUUAUGAUGAUGAUGAAGAGGAAGACAAAGAAAAAGAUGGAGGUGAAGAUGGCCAGGUUGAAGAGGAGCCUCUUAAUAGUGAAGAUGAUGUGAGUGAUGAGGAAGGACAAGAGCUGUUUGAUACAGAGAAUGUUGUCGUAUGUCAAUAUGAUAAGAUCCAUAGAAGUAAAAACAAGUGGAAGUUUCACCUCAAAGAUGGCAUAAUGAAUCUCAAUGGAAGAGAUUACGUAUUUUCCAAAGCCAUUGGAGAUGCAGAAUGGUGAAGUUUUUAAAACAAAAAACUAGAAAAAAAGAAAAAUCAGAAAGGGUUGAGACCUGGACAUAAACUUCAACAAAAACUUAUGUCUGCACAUCAGAAAAGAACAGUACAAACAAAACUACCACAACGAAGGUAGAGCGUGGCAACAUAGACACUACUACAAAUGGGCAAGCCAUGGGACUGUAGCAGCUAGCAUUGUCUGGGAUACCUUAGGGGUAUCUUAAUUAUCAAUUCUAUAGACAGGUACCUGCAGCUGGUAAUUAGCAUGUAAGGCUUUGUCUCCCUCUUCCUCCCCUUGGGUUAAGGUUUUAAAAUUUCUGCCACUGAACUGAAGGAACUCUUCCCUUUUGAUAUACUCUUAAUCUGACAAUGCUUAUGUGUACACAAAUCUUUGUUUUGAUCACUUCCUUUUGGUAGUGAGGGUGGUCAGAAUAUUGUUUGAACGGCGUGCAGGCUUUGUACAGAAGAGUAAGAAUUAAGGUGAUAAAUUUUAAUUAUCUUGUAUAACGAAAAUAUUUUUAAUUCUGCUAUAGUCAUGUAUAAUUUUAACUACAUUUUUUUCUCAAUUCUUCUCCCAUAAACAAAUUCUCAUUCCUAGCAGUUACAAAAUGUAAAAUGAUUACUUAUAUUUUCCAGCCAUUUCAAUUUGACACAAAUGACUCUUCUUUUCAAAAGUGCUGUGCACCUGUAGCUCCUUCUGAAAAAUCAAACCACUUACUUCAUUUUUAAAUAUAUUCUCGGCAUUUGAAGUGGUUCAGCUAGAUGGAGCUCAGAGGACUCUGUGGUAGCUUUCCUUCACUUGUUUAAAAGAUCAGUGUCUUGGAGACCUUGCAAAUGAAAACUCCAGGUAUUCUGAUCUUAGUGAAUGCAUUCCUCUAACCACUUACAACAUUUACAGCCCAGGCAUCCAUGAAUACUGUUGGACAAAUACUACAGGAAUGACUAAAUUGGAUAAGGGGAGGUUUUAUAAUACCUUAGCUGAAGUUCUGCUAAUCAGGAAACAGAGCUUAAUUGUAAAAUACCCUGUAAUUUUUAAGUAUAUUCUUACUGACAAGUUAAGAUGUGUUGCAGGUAAUCUGUGUAAAAUCUCCAGGUGACAUGCAAUUUUGGUGGUUUUUGUUCUUUUUAAAAGAAAGCAUCAGUGAGGAAAUAGUUUAUUUUGUUAGAGCAAUGUAAGCAAAAAAUUAAAAUAGUGUGUCUUGGUAAUGCAAAAAUUAAGUCAUCACAUAUGCCAAACCCUAACAUAAUUUCACUGAUCUGAAAAUGACAUGUCAUAAAUAGCAAAAGGCUUUUGCUGUUGAGGGCAAACACAUCUUUUCUUCAUGUGGUGGUUCUGCUUGCAAUCAGGCUUUCAGGAAUGGAGUCCCUGCUGCAGCAGAGAAGAAGGAAUUGGAAUUAUAGAUCAGACAUUUCCAACAAAGGAAUGAGCAUGCUUUAUGUGGCUUCCCAUUACAACUUAAUAAUGUUCUUACUAGCUACCUGAAAAGAAGGCAAAUUUAACUCAAAUUAGGGAGAACUGCAGAAGCAGAGACUUUACCCACUACUUCUUGGCUUUUGUUCUUGCAGAAUGAAACUUUUAAAAUUGUUUUUAAUGAAAUCACACGUGUAUUUAAUCAGCACUGUAUAUUAACUGCCUUCUGUCUCCCUUACCUGUCUUUCUUUACUGACCUCCAAGUGCAUUCAUAGUCUCAGUAGCUUACAGGAAAUUCACAGCACAUUGCAAGGAAGAAAUCUGAGCAGUUACAUAUGUUUUUGCACCUGUGGUAUCACUAAAUAGAACAAAAUUGUCCUUAAUUCACAUGUAGAGCCAUAUGUUUAUUAGUAAACCACCUGGUCUGCAUACAAUGUAAAUGUCAUUAAAGUUCAGUUUCUGGUGUUACUAACUCAUAGGUAAUUAAUGCUGUAAUCAUUUAGUAUACAAAUUUGGCUCUGGACUUCAAGGUAUCUCAAGCUGAGUGGUGUUUUGUUUUUCUCUGUACAAAGCAGAAAUUUUGUUUGUUUUUUUUUAAUGUGCCACUGUGCUUUUAAAGCAUAUGUGAUUACAGUGAAAUCAAUUACUUAUCAACUAAUUAUUGCCCUUGCUUCUCUUGUGUAUCUUUGAGUAGUGUUGAUGGCUAUCAUGAGUAGAUUCAUAUCCUUUCAGAUUACUUAAUUAUGGAUUUAGAACAAAUCCCAUAUGCUGCACAAAUGAACCAAUGAAACCCCUUUAGCUACAGAUUCCUGUUUAUACUACUGGAACCCAGAUUACUGUACAAGAUAUUUAGUCUCUUACAUUUAGGGUCCUUCACCUACAUGUUUAGAGCAGACAUUGCCUAGCUUCUUUAUUUAUUUUAAGGGAUACCACAGCUUUAAAGAUGACUUAAAUUUAGUUAAUCUUGAAGGAUGUUUAGAAACCAUCUGUACAUGCACAGUGUCUUGCAAAUUAAUUAUGGUAUGCUUGGAAGAUGACGGUUUUGGUCUUUUAAUACAAGUACCUGUGAAAUCUUCUGAAAGCCAGUCAAAUAUAAACAUACCAAACUGUGCUUUUAUUUCUCUGUCAAGUGUUCCUUUUUUAAAUCAGAAAGCAUGUUUUAAUUUCAUUUUAUUGUAGCAGCUUGCUGUAAGAAUGUAGUUUGCUUAAUUUUAUUAUUGUACUUGAAUUUUAAUCAUGGUUUUAAUGUUGUAAUUGAACAGACCAUUUCAUUAGGUUCCAUAGAAACCAUUCCUUUCAGAGGGCAAGGGAUUCCCAUGUUCAUAGUUUUUAAAUUAUUAAAAAAAAAUUCUUGAAAGUAGAAAAUAGAUUUUUUCAUUUAAAUAGUUCAGUAUUAUGAAGGCAAUUAACGGUUUCAAGAGGGCUUAUGUUUAGAUUUGCACAGAUAACAGAGCACCUUUUUUGACUCUAAGAUGGAAAAACUGGGAAUGAUAACUUGGUUAAAAUAUUAACCAUCAGGGCUAAUGGAAAUUUACAGAGCAACUGGACAAAGUUGGGAGUCUUGUGCCUUCUCAAUUUGCAGAUAUUCCUGCUUUGUCAGCAUGAUGAUACUUUAGGUCUAUUGGAUUCCUGAGACAGUAGAUGUCCUGCAGUGCUUCAGUCAUAAAUAAACAUUUCAGCUCUAAUUAUAUCGGCUUUUUAGUGUGUGCAAUCAUUUAAUAAAAACAUCAAAGUUGAAAUGGAAUAAAAAUAUGUUGUUUGCUAAGGAGAUAAUAGAGACUUAGUCACAUAAGGAACUUUAUAUUGGACUAUUUAAAUAAAAUUUAUAACUUUAUUCUCUCCUGCCCCCAAUGUUAGUGGCAAAAUGUCUGAGGUUUUAUCCACCUUUUUCCUGCAUUGUAAUUACAAGCUCCUUUUUGACCUGAGUAAUUGUCCUAGCAACAGACAACGAUUUUACAAGUACAAAGUUUUUGAUCACAGGUUUAUUCUCAAAGGGAGUAAAUUUGCUUCUGAAGCACAGUUGGUGGAAAAGAACAAAUAACAUGCUAAAUGUGAUAUAACAGUUUUGUAUCAAUGUGCUUUUUUUUCCUUUUCUAUUUUUGAUGCAGUGUAAGAGUAAAGUAAACUUUGCUGGGUUUUAGUUUUGUUUUGUGAAAGUAACUGUAUCAUCCAUCAAUACCCAAAAGCAAUUGUCACCAUAAAACACUACCAGGAUAAAAUUUUGUUAUUCCAAUGCAGGAGAAAAAUGAGACCCUUUUCACUAGAGUUCACUUUGGAGUUUGUCUUCCAUUUGAAAAAGUUCCUUUUUUGUUGUUUUGCAGAAUGCAAUAAAAUGUUUAAAAAUUAGAUCUAUGGCUUUAGGGUACUGCACACUGUGGAUUUUUAUUGGGUCGCCUUAUACAGCUUUGCAAUUUUGUAUAAAGAUUUAAUUCAAAGUUGUUUCAGAUUUUGAGUUUAGUGGUUACAGAAGAUGGGGAAACUUGUAUGUUGUUACAUUUGUGUCUUUAGUCUUGGUUUCCUAUUAUUCUGAGUGCCUGGGGCAUAUGUACAAGCCAGGCCUUCUUUCCUGCAAAUCAAGCUACUGUUGCCUACUCUUUUUCGUGGUUCACUUUUUAAAAUUCAGUUUGGAUUGGAUAUUGAGGGCAAAAAGGAACUUUUUUAAACAGGAAGAACUAUUUUGGAUUAGCUACAUGUGUAGCCAUCUAAAGUUCACUUGUUCCAGUGUGCAUUGGGUACUAAUAAAAAUAUGGGGAAGGGGAAUAUCCUUUUUUGCUGUUCUGAGCUACUAUUGUCAACUGCUGUUGUACAUAUACUGUUAUGUGUAAGGGGGUAAAUAUAUUUAUUAUGUUUGUAAAAUUCAUUCUGUACAAUUGCAGAUCAAGGUUGCUCUUCUGUGAUAUACAGGAUAUUAUGUUUCAAAGGCCAUGCUUGGAAUACAAUUAGAGAACUUAGUAUUUUGAUGUACUAAGACCUAUUUUAAGUUUAAUAUUUUGCCUUUGCAAAAACUUUAAUUAAAGAUGUUAUUUAAAAAA